GAUGAUCGCCGUGCUGAGAACAUCGAUAGUAUUUGUUUUUUUGUUGGUUUUGUGUCCAACCAAGCUGACCACUUUAGUGGGAUCAUCAGUAGUAUAACAAUUUGUAGAGAUAUAAUUUGAGGUUGAAUUGAAGUUAACACAAGAUGCCGCGCACGUGUGCUUCUAUUUACGAUGUGAAUGGUGUGAUGUGCGAUCGCAAAAUCCUGACCAUCUCCACCCUGAUUGGCCAGCGUUAUCCAGAGCUCGGCCUCAAGCUGGGACUGACAGAGGCCCAGCUGGCACAGAUCAAGGCCAGCGAACCUGAGGAUCUCCAGCACCAGGUGUUCCACACCUUGGACCUGUGGAGACGGCAGGAGGGGAAGGGAGCAACACUGGAGAAGUUGAACGAUGCCCUGAAGGAACUGGGAUGGAUCUCGGUGCUGACUCAGAUCAGGAACACUCCAGACAACUUCUAUGUUGUCGUAUAAACUGUUUUGCAUAGUCCCUGUACCAUCCUAACCCACCCUGCGUGAUGUUCCCCUUAGUCCCUGUACCGUCCAAUGCCCCCAGGAGCACUUGUAUGGAUUCAUCAGGGAGUAAAUAUAAUGUAACACAAUGUAGUGCAGGUGAUAAAUAGUUUGCCAGAUCAGUUAAAACACCAUCCAAAAUGAAAACGGAAAACCCCAGCCCCACCCAACUCUACCCAACCCAAACCAACCUAACCCAACCCAGCACAACCCAACCAGACCCAGCCCUUUACAACCCAAGCCAAAACAACCCAACCGAACCAAACCAAACCCCAACCAACCCAAACAAUCCAACCCAAUUCAAGGGCGGAUCGAGAACACAAUUUUGGAGGG